AUGGUUCACAAAGAUGAUACUGCCAUGGUGGACGCAGCAGGUGCUUCCUUAGACACAGCAGACAUGGAUCAUCUGCUGCGAACAAACCACAGCGACGCGUUCUCGUUCACCGCGUCCGAGAAGCUAGCCCUCGAGCUUUACGACCAGCUACAAGAGCUUGAGCUGCAACAGAGCUUGUUGCAGGCACAAGAAACAGCGCAUGUGGCUGAUGUCUCAACGCUCUCCGAUGAUGACCUGCAAGAGCAGCUGAUCGUCGCCGAGCGCGAGGCUAUGGAGGCAAAGGCAGAGUACGAAAUGCGCAACAGGAUCACCCACAACGUUCUAGUCACAGAUCCUGUGCUCAAAGCCGUUCAUGGAGGGGAAGAGACUAGCUUUGUCGAAAAACGCCUACUGCCGUUGAUCACUGAAAGUGAUGCCGUCGCUAUGGUGCAUGGUCGUCUAGCUUCGAAGCUUGCCCACACCACACGUGGCUUGGUUGCAGCGGAGCAGGCAAACAUGGUUGCGAAUCAGAAGAACCGGGCGUUGUCCAAGACUAUGCUUGCUUUGGCGGAAGCUAUCAAGUCACAGUCAACGGAAGACAUUGAAGAUGCCCGGCUGCGUGAACAGAUCAGGUCAGCAGAGAAGGAGCUUAAGGAGUCCAGAAGAAGGGCGAAAACGUUGAAAGGUGUUCUCUCGGCGAUGAUUGUUGGGAGUGGCAUCAACUGGGCAGCAGAUGAAAAAUUGACUGAGCUUGUAAUCGAUGACGAGGACGGUUGA